AUGUUCAUAGUUCUUCUAUUUGUUUUACUUAAUAUAACUUCAAUUUAUUCAUCAACUCAAAUAAUUAGAGUUCGUGAAAAUGUUAAUGUAACAAUAACAUGUGAUUUUAAUAGAAUAAAAUCAGAAUUAGCUACUAAUCAACUUUCAUCGAUACCAUCAUUAAAUAAAUUAUUCGAUAAUAAUCUAUCCGACAAUAUUAUACUCUGGUAUAAAGAUGAUAGUCAAGUUAUUGGCGUUACAACUAUAUCAAACGAACCAAAUAAAUAUUCUGUAAACGAAAUUAAUACCAAUACAUAUGAAUUAACAAUUAUUAAUGUUCAUUUGGAAUCAUCGGGCGUCUACAAAUGUCAAAAUUUUACCUCAAAAGAAGAAACUCGUUUCCAAUUAAAUGUUAUGGUUCCACCAUCACGUCUUCGGCUUGUUCCAUCAGCACAAAUGCCUAUACCAGAUGGUACAUUAGUCUCUUUUAAUUGCACAAGUGAACGUGUUUAUCCAAAUCCAAUGUUUGAAUGGUAUAAAAAUGAUAAACUCAUUCAACGUUCAAUCGGCAAUCAAACAGGUUCAACACUCUUUUCAAGUUCAUCGAUUUUAACACUUUUACUAACACCUGCUGAUCAUAAUCAUAUGUUACGUUGUCAAGUAUCAAAUGAAGCGAGUAUUCAUGAAUCGAAUGUGGAGAUAAAACUAGAUGUUUUAUUUAAACCAAUUAUCAAGAUUUUAUACAAUGCAAAAGAAUUGACCAAAAAAUUGAAUAUUAUUGAAAAUUCUAUUGAAGUAAUUCGUUGUCAAAUAUCAUCAAACCCAUCGAUAAUAUCAAAUAUUGAAUGGCUUAAAAACGAUCAAUUAAUUCGAGGAGAAAAUCAAGAACAAUUACGAAUAAAUUUUACUGACAUCAAAAGUUUAUCCUGUCGAGCAAAGAAUAAUAUAGGACAAACAGAAAAUCGUAUCGAUGUUAAUGUUCUUUAUAAACCAAAAUUAUUUAUGAUUGAAAAUAUAACAUUGAAUCAAGGCGAAAAUUUACAUUUAAAAUGUACAAUUGAUGCCAAUCCUUCAUGCCAUGAUAUUCGUUGGUUUCAUAAUGAUAGAGAAUUAUUGACUCAAUCGUGUCAACAAAAAAAAGCAGACGAAUAUGAUAUACCGAAAAGUAGCCGUUCACAUGCUGGUAAAUAUACAUGUGAAGUAAGAAAUUUGUUAAAUACAACUUUUCGAACACAACAACAUGGAGUAUCACGUGUAUCAACGGAUGUAUAUUUACAAUAUGCACCGUACAUAUUAAAUUCCUAUAAUAAAGUAACAAUUUUGGAAAAUUCUAAUAUUACAACAGAAUGUGUUGUUGAUGCUUAUCCAAACGCUAAUGUAAUCUGGUUUGGACCAUUUGGCCAAAGAUUAAAUGUGUUCAGUAAAGAAUACAUUAUCAACAGUACGGUGAUAUCAUCUAAAUUGGAAUUACCAACAUCGUAUGCAUCGAUACCAGGAUUAUAUCGAUGUUUAGCGACGAAUAUCUUCGGUCAACACGAAUUUUCCAUUCAAUUUCAACGGCCAAGUUUUCCUGAUCCACCCACUGCAUUGCAAGCGAUCAAUGUAACUCAUUCUUCGUUUAUACUUCAAUGGCAACCAGGUUAUAACGGUGGUUCCGAUCAAAUCUAUCAUAUUAUCCUUAAUCAUAGUCAUACUGAAGAAAGAUUUUCAAAUUUUAAUUCUAUACAAUUUAAAGAGUUGAAUGAAAAAACGCGAUAUACUGUAAAAAUUCGUUCAAAAAAUAAGAUCGGUUUUAGUGAUUAUUCAACUAAUCUAGUCGUUAUAACAAAAGAAUCUGCGAUUCGAUCAGAAGAAUUUCCAAUGAUUAAAAAAGCUCAGUAUAGUACUCAUGAUCGUCAACUACAUUAUCAAUUAAGUCCCAUACGGUCUAUGUCAAUAUCAAUCGAUCAAUUAUGUAUUCAAUAUUAUAAUAUGGAUGAAAUAUCACCAUGCAUUCCAUUGAGAUCAAUGCGAUCGAUUGAUGAUGGAAUUAAAAUAAAUAUUGAACAGACAAAUUUACGUGUAAAAUUAUGCUUAAUCAACAAAACAGAUACAUGUUCCAAAUCGGUUCCUAUUUCACCGCAUACUCCAUUCUCAAAUCAUUCGUCGGAAUUUCUUAUUAUUUUAAUCGGAGGUGUAUUAGGCUCAUUUAUUGUCUUUGGAUUAAUGAUUUUAUUUGUUUGUAUUCAUCAUCGAAAAUAUAAACAAAAAUCUAGAAAUAGUUCAACAGAUACAUUAAAAAUAAAUUCAGAUAAUUUUCAUUCUGUAGCACCAGUGCGUGUUAGUAAUACAAAUUCAUGUCUUUAUUAUCCAACGAAUGAAAACCGAACAUUAUAUUUCAAUGAUGAAGCAAUUGGUAUUUAUUCAAUUCAAGAUAAGAAAAAUUCAAUUUGUUUUGAUUCUGGUAUGCCAUCAACAACAUCGGAUAAUUCUGAUUCAGCUGGUUCACAAGCAUUAUCAUCAUCGGAUUUCUAUGAUCGUUCUGAUGGCGAAUAUCUUGUCAAUGGGCCAAGAUCAAUGAAUAAACUAAUUGUAUCUAAUUUAUCAGCAUAUACAACAGUAGGAACAGGCCGAGAAAGCCAUCUGAAUGUUUCCGCCAAUCAACGGGUAUCAUCAGAAGAAAAAAGCGAAUUUUCAACACUGAGUACAUCUCAAAAUGGAAAAAAGCUUGUAUAUGAAGUCGUUGUGUGA